AUGUCUCGUGGGGGCAUGGUUGUUCUGGCUGCAAAUCAGAUCUGGUAUACCUGGGAGGUGGAAGAUGUGUUCAACAAAAUGAAACUCGGAGACAAGCAUGCCAUGAAAAGAUUUAACAAAAAGUUACUCAGCCAACUCAACGACAUGGUCGUUAGGGUACGAGGAUUGCUUCCACCCUUGGUGCUGCGCAAGCUAGAAACCGCAAUGAUCCUUGAGGUACAUGCAAAGGAUGUGGUGGAGAGCUUUGUCCGUGACAGGUAA